GCUCCUGCUAAGAAUCAGUUUCAUUUUCCUGUGUUGUGAUUGUUCUGGGAAGGUUGAGCCCUGGUCGAGACCCUAACGGAGAGUGAGCCUCUCACCAUGUCAGCCUGUUGCAGCUGGAAAGAUGUUUUCCAGUAUGAGACAAACAAAGUCCUCCAGAUCCAGAGCAUGAAUUACGGCACCAUUAAGUGGGUCUUCCACGUGCUGGUCUUUUCCUACAUCGGCUUUGCUUUGAUCAGUGACAAGCGGUACCAAAAGAAAGAACCUCUUAUCAGUUCCGUGCACACCAAGGUGAAAGGGAUAGCAGAGGUGAAAGUGGAGAUAUUGGAGAAUGGAAUGAAGAAGAUGGUGUCUGGGGUCUUUGACACUGCAGAUUACACCUUCCCCUUGCAGGGGAACUCCUUCUUCGUGAUGACAAACUUUCUCAAGACAGAAGGCCAACAGCAGGGGUUAUGUCCUGACUUUCCCACCCGAAGGACGAUCUGUUCCUCUGACAGGGGUUGUAAAAAGGGACGGAUGGACCCGCAGAGCAAAGGGAUCCAGACCGGAAGGUGUGUAGUGUAUAAAGAGAGGCUGAAGACCUGUGAAGUCUCCGCCUGGUGUCCCAUCGAGGAGGUGGAAGAGGCCCCCCGGCCCGCACUCUUGAACAGUGCCGAAAACUUCACUGUGCUCAUCAAGAAUAACAUUGACUUCCCUGGCCACAACUACACCACGAGAAACAUCUUGCCAGGUGUAAACAUCACCUGUACCUUUCACAAGACUCAGAAUCCACAGUGUCCUAUUUUCCGACUAGGAGAUAUCUUCCAAGAAACAGGAGAUAAUUUUUCAGAUGUGGCAAUUCAGGGAGGAAUCAUGGGCAUUGAGAUCUACUGGGACUGCAACUUGGACAGUUGGUUCCAUCACUGCCGUCCAAAAUACAGUUUCCGUCGCCUUGACGACAAGACCACCAAUGAGUCCUCGUACCCUGGCUACAACUUCAGAUACGCCAAGUACUAUAAGGAAAACAACGUUGAAAAACGGACUCUGAUAAAAGUCUUUGGGAUCCGUUUUGACAUUCUGGUUUUUGGCACCGGAGGAAAAUUUAACAUUAUCCAGUUGGCCGUGUACGUUGGCUCAGGCAUCUCCUACUUUAGUUUGGCCACUCUGUUCAUCGACUGCCUCAUCAACACUUACUCAAGUAAAUGCUGUCGAUCCCGCAUUUAUCCCUGUUGCAAGUGGUGUCGAUACUGUGCAGUCAAUGAAUACUACUACAGGAAGAAGUAUGAGCCCAUUGUGGAGCCAAAGCCGACAUUAAAAUAUGUGUCCUUUGUGGAUGAAUCCCAUAUUAGGAUGGUGGACCAGCCAUUACUCGGAAAAAGUCUGCAAAAUGUCGAAGGUGAAAAAGUCCCAAGACCCUCAAUGGACUUGUCCAGGCUGCCCCCGUCUCUCCUUGACCCAUCCCCUAUUCCUGGACAAGCAGAGGAGAUCCAGCUGUUAAGUGACGAAGCGGCUCCCAGAUCCAGCAACAGCCCAGACUGGUGCCAGUGUGGACACUGCCUCCCGUCCCAGCUCCCCGAGAGCCACAGAUGCCUGGAAGAACUGUGCUGUCGGAAAAAGGCGGGUGCCUGCAUCACCACCUCAGAGCCCUUCAGGAAGCUCGUCUUGUCCCGACAGCUCCUGCAGUUCCUCCUGCUCUACCAGGAGCCCUUGCUGGAGCUGGAUGAAAACUCUAACAGCCGGCUGCGGCACUGCGCCUACAGGUGCUACGCCACCUGGCGCUUCGGCUCCCAGGACCUCGCCGACUUUGCCAUCCUGCCCAGCUGCUGCCGCUGGAGGAUCCGGAGGGAGUUUCCCAAGAGUGAAGGCCGGUACACCGGCUUCCAGAGUCCUUACUGAUGGCACAGGGCUGAGCAGGCGCGUUAACGUUUCCUUUGUUUGCACCCUGAGCUUGACCUGCAAAGAUCUGCGGCCAAAUGUUCAACCAAAGGGAAAUGUGUUUUCUGCUCCUGCAGCUCUAGAUGUGUCAGAGAGCAGACUGAACAAACAAACAAAUAAACCAGAAUCCCUCAGCAUGGACUGAGAGUCGAGAGAUUCA